AUGUUGCACGAGUUUUGGGUUUGCAAAUAUUCAGAAACGAUAAAAAAGUGCUUUGUUGGAAACGCUAGUGAUCCUGUAAAAGAGACAUGGAAUGCUGAUGGUAUUCAAAAUAGAGCAAUAUUGUGGUGUGAUACUUGUAGUAUUGCAAUGGGUGUUGCAAUCGAAUAUAACGGCGUAAUAGUUGAGGAUGCAGCAUGGCUACGCAAAACAAAUGAUGUCAUGCAUAUUAAUAUGGCUGAAUUAGAUGCUGUGGUGCGUGGAAUAAACCUAGCUGUUAAGUGGGACAUCAAGAAUCUAUCGAUAUUUAUUGACUCGGUAACUGUUCAUGGAUGGUUAAAAAGUGUGCUGACUGAAAGUCAUAGGGUUCGGUCAAAUGGACUAUCAGAAAUGCUAAUCAAACGAAAACUUUCAUUAUUGCGUGAUUUAAUAAAGGAAUACAGAAUGAACAUCAUAGUGAAGUGGGUUACGUCUUCUAAAAACAAAGCAGAUGUAUUAACAAGAGUUUCAAAAAAGUGGUUAAAUGAAAUUUCACGAAAAAAUGUUAAAGAAUUAUGUGGGGUAAAUAUUGCCGAUGAAAUUCGUAAAUGUCACUCGAAACAUCAUUUUGGCGUUAAUCGAACAAUGUUUACAGUACAAAAAAGAAUCCGGCAAGUGUCGAGAAAAGACGUUAAAGACUGUGUGCGCAAAUGUCGUCAAUGUAGUUCAAUUGAUCCAGCACCAAUAAAAUGGGAACAUGGAGUGCUAGAUGUACCAGAUACAUGGUAUCGUAUUGCAUGUGACGUAACUCACUAUAAAGGGUCACCGUACCUAACAAUGAUUGACUGUGGACCAAGUCGAUUCGCAGUAUGGAGAAAGAUGCUACACGAAGAUACAAAGACUAUAUUAAUUCAAUUGGAUUCCGUAUUUAGGGAGCAUGGCCCGCCACACGAACUAUUGAUGGACAAUGGAGCUGUGUUUAGAUCAAAUGAGUUGUCAAACAUGUGUGAAAAAUGGUGUGUGAAAAAGGUGCAUAGAUGUGCAUAUAGACCAUCAGGAAAUGGAAUCGUGGAGCGUAACCACCGCACAGUAAAACGCACAUCUGCGAGAGCACAGAUAUGUCUGUUACAAGCGGUAUUUUGGUAUAAUGCAACAUCAAAGAUUGGAACGCCAGAAGACUCUACACCUGCUUCUCUAAAAAAUAAGUACGUCUGGCGUCUACCUAUUCACAACACAGAAAGUUACGAAAGACCACAAAAGGACUCGGCAACCUAUAGAAUUGGAGAACAAGUUUAUGUUCGUCGUGUUGGUGCAAAGUGUACGACGGUUUGGAAAAUUGGUAACGUGACCAAUAUACUCUCAAAAACAAAUAUUGAAAUUGAUGGCGUACCACGACAUGUGAGAGACGUGAGAAUAAUUCCUGAAUCAUAUGGCGAGAAAGUUUCAAGAAUGAAUAGUGUUGAAGAAAAUGAAAGCGACGAAAGUGAGUUCGACGAUUUACAUAUUGCAAGAGACGAGGAAGUUGAAGAGUCAGUUGAUGAAGAGUCAGUUGCUGACGAAGAAAAUGACAGUAUUGAAAUCAUGGAUAAUUUAUUACCGUUGCUCAGACGUUCGACUAGAGAAUGGAGAAAGCCGGCAUAUUUAAAUGACUAUUUGUCUUAA